AUGGGAGCCUUAGGGCUCCUAGGGCUGCCGCUACUGCUGCUUUCAGCCUUGGGCUCCGGGACCGGAACCGGGACUUGGACCGGGACCGGGACUGGCCAGCUCGUGGGCUCUCCCGCCGUGGGGCCGGCUCUGCAGCCUCGGGAGCCGCUCAGCUACUCACGUCUGCAGAGGAAGAGCCUGGCAGUGGACUUUGUGGUGCCCUCGCUCUUCCGCGCCUAUGCCCGGGACCUGCUGUUGCCGCCUUCGUCCUCCUUGGAGUCGAGGGCUGGCCGGCCUGAGGCGCGCGGCUCCUUGGCUCUCGACUGCGCUCCACUUCUUAGGCUGGUGGGGCCACCGCCCUGGGUCUCCUGGACGGAAGGCACCAGCUCGCCAGCCGCUGCCCAGGCACGGACGCUGACCAGGGUGCUGAAGGGCGGCUCGGUUCGCAAGCUCCGGCGCGCCAAGCAGCUGGUGCUGGAGCUGGGAGAGGAGGCGAUCCUUGAGGGCUGCGUCGGGCCCCCAGAGGAGGUGACUGCGGGACUGCUCCAGUUCAACCUCAGCGAGCUGUUCAGCUGGUGGAUUCGCCACGGCGAAGGGCGGUUGAGGAUCCGCCUGAUGCCCGAGAAGAAGGCUUCGGAAGUGGGCAGAGAGGGAAGGCUGUCGGCGGCGAUCCGUGCCUCCCAGCCCCGCCUUCUCUUCCAGAUCUUGGGGACCGGUCACAGCCCCUUGGAGUCACCGACAAACCUGCCUUCUCCUCCUCCAGACCUUUUUGCGUGGAAUCUGACCUGGAUAAUGAAAGAUUCCUUCCCUUUCCUGUCUCAUCGUAGUCGAUAUGGUCUGGAGUGCAGCUUUGACUUCCCCUGUGAGCUGGAGUACUCCCCGCCACUCCACGACCUCGGGAACCAGAGCUGGUCCUGGCGCCGUGUGCCCUCUGAGGAGGCCUCCCAGAUGGACCUGUUGGAUGGGCCUGAGACAGAGCACUCCAAGGAGAUGCCCAGAGGCUCCUUCCUCCUCCUCAACACCUCAGCAAACUCCAAGCACACCAUCCUGAGCCCGUGGAUGAGGAGCAGCAGCGAGCACUGCAGGCUGGCUGUCUCGGUGCACAGGCAUCUGCAGCCUUCUGGGAGGUAUGUCGCCCAGCUGCUGCCCCACAAUGAGGCUGGAAGAGAGAUCCUCCUGGUACCCACUCCAGGAAAGCAUGGCUGGACAGUGCUUCAGGGAAGAAUUGGGCGCCCAGAGAACCCGUUCCGAGUGGCCCUGGAAUACAUCUCAAGUGGAAACCGAAGCUUGUCUGCAGUGGACUUCUUUGCCCUGAAGAACUGCAGUGAAGGAACAUCCCCGGGCUCCAAGAUGGCCUUGCAGAGUUCCUUCACCUGCUGGAACGGGAGAGUCCUCCAGCUCGGGCAGGCCUGCGACUUCCACCGGGACUGCGCCCAAGGAGAAGAUGAGAGCCAGCUGUGCAGUAAACUCCCUGCUGGUUUUUACUGCAACUUCGAGGAUGGCUUCUGUGGCUGGACCCAGGGCACGCUCACACCCCACGCCCCCCGGUGGCAGGUCAGGACUCUGAAGGAUGCCCAGGUCCAGGACCACCAAGGCCAUGCCCUGUUGCUCAGCACCACUGACGUCCCUACUUCCGAAAGUGCUACGGUGACCAGCGCUACAUUUCCUGCCCCUAUGAAGAACUCUCCAUGUGAGCUCCGAAUGGCCUGGCUCAUCCGUGGAGUCUUGCAGGGAAACAUCUCCUUGGUGCUGGUAGAGAAUAAAACUGGGAAGGAACAAAGCAGAACGGUCUGGCAUGUUGCCACCAAUGAAGGCUUGAGCCUGUGGCAGUGGACGGUGCUACCUCUUCUCGAUGUGGCUGACAGGUUCUGGCUGCAGAUUGUUGCGUGGUGGGGGCAAGGAUCCAGAGCCACCGUGGCUUUUGACAAUAUCUCCAUCAGCCUGGACUGCUACCUCACCAUUAGUGGGGAGGACAAGGUGCCACAGGAUACAGCACCCAAAUCAAGAAAUCUGUUUGAGAGAAACCCACACAAGGAGCCGAAGCCCUGGGAAAGUACACCAAGAGAGAUCCCCAUCUUUGAUCCUACAGUUCACUGGCUGUUCACCACGUGCGGGGCCAGUGGGCCCCAUGGCCCCACACAGGCCCAGUGUAACAACGCCUACCGGAAUUCCAACCUGAGCGUGGUAGUGGGGAGCGAGGGCCCCCUGAAGGGCAUCCAGACUUGGAAGGUGCCAGCCACCGACACCUACAGCAUCUCAGGCUACGGAGCUGCUGGCGGGAAAGGCGGGAAGAACACCAUGAUGCGGUCCCAUGGCGUGUCUGUGCUGGGCAUCUUCAACCUGGAGAAGGGUGACACGCUGUAUAUCCUGGUCGGACAACAGGGGGAAGACGCCUGCCCCAGCACAAACCGAUUAAUCCAGAAAGUCUGCAUUGGCGAGAACAACGUGAUAGAAGAAGAAAUCCGCGUGAACAGGAGUGUGCAUGAGUGGGCAGGAGGGGGCGGAGGAGGGGGCGGAGCCACCUACGUAUUUAAGAUGAAGGAUGGCGUUCCAGUGCCCCUGAUCAUUGCAGCCGGCGGUGGCGGCAGGGCCUACGGGGCCAAGACAGACACAUUCCACCCAGAGAGACUGGAGAAUAACUCCUCGGUUCUGGGGCUGAAUGGCAAUUCCGGAGCCGCAGGUGGUGGAGGUGGCUGGAAUGAUAACACUUCCCUGCUCUGGUCUGGAAAAUCUUUGCUGGAGGGUGCCACCGGAGGACAUUCCUGCCCCCAGGCCAUGAAGAAGUGGGGGUGGGAGACAAGAGGGGGUUUCGGAGGGGGUGGAGGGGGGUGCUCCUCAGGUGGAGGAGGCGGAGGAUAUAUAGGCGGCAACGCGGCCUCAAACAAUGACCCCGAGAUGGACGGGGAGGAUGGGGUUUCCUUCAUCAGUCCUCUGGGCAUCCUGUACACCCCAGCUUUAAAAGUGAUGGAGGGCCAUGGGGAGGUGAAUAUUAAGCAUUACCUAAACUGCAGCCACUGUGAGGUAGAUGAGUGCCACAUGGACCCUGAGAGCCACAAAGUCAUCUGCUUCUGUGACCAUGGGACAGUGCUGGCUGAGGACGGCGUCUCCUGCAUUGUGUCCCCCACGCCCGAGCCCCACCUGCCGCUCUCACUGGUCCUCUCCGUCGUGACCUCAGCCCUUGUGGCGGCCCUGGUCCUGGCUUUCUCCGGCAUCAUGAUCGUGUACCGCCGGAAGCACCAGGAGCUGCGAGCCAUGCAGAUGGAGCUUCAGAGCCCUGAGUACAAGCUAAGCAAGCUUUGCACCUCGACCAUCAUGACCGACUACAACCCCAACUACUGCUUUGCCGGCAAGACCUCCUCCAUCAGUGACCUGAAGGAGGUGCCUCGGAAGAACAUCACCCUCAUCCGGGGUCUGGGCCAUGGUGCGUUUGGAGAGGUGUAUGAAGGUCAGGUGUCUGGAGUGCCCAGCGACCCAAGCCCCCUGCAAGUAGCUGUGAAGACGCUGCCUGAGGUGUGUUCUGAACAGGAUGAACUGGAUUUCCUCAUGGAAGCCUUGAUUAUCAGCAAAUUCAACCACCAGAACAUCGUGCGCUGUAUUGGAGUGAGUCUGCAAGCCCUGCCCCGAUUUAUCCUGCUGGAGCUCAUGGCGGGAGGGGACCUCAAGUCCUUCCUCCGGGAGACCCGUCCUCGCCCGAACCAGCCCUCCUCCCUGGCCAUGCUGGACCUUCUGCAUGUGGCUCGGGACAUUGCCUGUGGCUGUCAGUAUUUGGAGGAAAAUCACUUCAUCCACCGGGACAUCGCUGCCAGGAACUGCCUCUUGACCUGUCCAGGUCCUGGCAGAGUGGCCAAGAUUGGAGACUUCGGAAUGGCCCGAGACAUCUACAGAGCGAGCUACUACCGGAAGGGAGGCUGCGCCAUGCUGCCGGUCAAAUGGAUGCCUCCAGAAGCCUUCAUGGAAGGAAUCUUUACUUCUAAAACAGAUACAUGGUCCUUUGGAGUGCUGCUGUGGGAAAUAUUUUCUCUUGGAUACAUGCCGUACCCUAGCAAAAGCAACCAGGAAGUUCUGGAGUUCGUCACCAGCGGAGGACGGAUGGACCCACCUAAGAACUGCCCUGGACCCGUCUACCGGAUAAUGACCCAGUGCUGGCAGCAUCAGCCCGAAGAUAGGCCCAACUUUGCCAUAAUUUUGGAGAGGAUUGAAUACUGCACCCAGGACCCAGAUGUGAUCAACACUGCUUUGCCCAUAGAAUACGGCCCACUCAUGGAAGAGGAAGAGAAGGUGCCCAUGAGGCCCCAAGACCCAGAGGGGAUCCCUCCUCUCCUAGUCUCUCCUCCACAAGCUAAACGGGAGGAAGGGCAGGAUCCAGCCGCCCCGCCCCCUCUGCCUUCCACUUCCUCUGGCAAAGCCUCCAAGAAGCCCACGGCUGCAGAGCUCUCUGUUCACAUCACCAGAGGGCCCGCCGUGGAAGGGGGACACGUGAAUAUGGCAUUCUCUCAGUCCAACCCGCCGUCCGAGCUGCACAAAGUCCAGGGAUCCAGAAACAAACCCACCAGCCUGUGGAACCCAACUUACGGCUCGUGGUUUACAGAGAAACCCACCAAAAAGAACAAUCCCCCGGCAAAGAAGGAGCCCCGAGAGAGGGGAAACCUGGGGCGGGAGGGAGGCUGUGCCGCCCCACCGAAUGCUGCACCGGCCAGACUUCCAGGCGCCUCUCUGCUCCUAGAACCGUCCUCGCUGACUGCCAACAUGAAGGAAGUGCCUCUGUUCAGGCUACGUCACUUCCCGUGUGGAAACGUCAACUAUGGCUACCAGCAGCAGGGCUUACCUUUAGAGGCCACCACUGCCCCCGGAACCGGUCAUUACGAGGACGCCAUUCUGAAAAACCCGCCUGGGCCCUGAGCCCAGCGGCGCUCGUUUAUCUUCCUUGGGAGCCCUGAGCCCGUGGAGGAGGGACAGGGAGUGGCUCCCCUACAACCAGAGACCAAAUGUCACUUUUCAUUUUGUGCCAACUGGUUUCGAAGUGCCACAGAAACAGCUAUAUUUUCAAAAUGCUUUCGGGAAAGGUAUCGAGCAUGGGUUCAUCUCAUUCUUUCAAAAGAAGAAAAUAUCCUAAAGACGAGUGAUAAACACGAGGGCCCCGAUUUGGUGGCAUUUGAUGCACACUUCCUCCCGCUUCUCUCGAACUGUGUGUGCCCUGUCUCAGUGCGGUCAGAACUCGCUGCUUCUGUGUCUCAUAGUCGGAGUCGUGGGUGUCUCCGUACCUCGUUGAUGUGGACCGGGACCACUUGAAGGGAGGGGAGGGAACAGAUAUAAAGGAGUUACUUGUAGUGAGCUGGCGUGGGGAAAGGCAUUCAUUCUUUACCGGGCAAGGAAAAAUCAGAGACAACUAACUGAAAUGUCCCUUUAGAUGAUGUCCGGAUGCUUUCGAUUGAGCUGAUUCAACGAUGAUUGUAAAAAAAAAAAAAAAAAAGUGAAUAGUUAC